UGAAAAAUAUUCAAAAAGGUUAUCAUGCCACCAACUAGAGCCCAUCUCGUGUCUGUUUUACUCCACCAAUUGUCAACAUCUCAUAUCACACGGAUUGACACCGAAAAAAAAGUACUAGAGUACAACUGCACAUUGACCGGUCGUUGGCAAGUGACUUCAUAUCGUAGAUAACGAUUUUUAGUUCGUACUAGUUUCCGUUAGACCAUCGAACAGAAAAUUCGUGUAGUGUGUAUCCUUCGAGUUUUACCAAAUGCGGCUCUGAAUGCUCUAAAUUCGUGCAAGGUUUCCAUCCGGCCUUACUUGACAUGCUGGACACGCUCAAUUUUUUAAUGCAAAAUCUUCCAAGUAAAGUGAUGCCAUUUAAGUGGAAUCUUGUGCAAGUUUACAGUAGACAUUCUUUUCCUUGUAAUUUAUAGUAAUUAGUGUUUGAAACAAAGUGAACGGAAUGGCUGUUAGAGGGGGUCAAUUUUUCUCACCGAUAAGAAGAUUUGCUCGUAUGCUGGCCUUACCAAGGAUGGGCAGCUUCAGCUCAGCGCCGAAAAUCCAAAAUGACGAUAACCAAGACAACGAUAUUCAAAUACCGAUCAACUUUGGCCGGUUUGAACUGCUCCAGUAUUGCCAGACCCAGCCCCAAGUCCAGCCCAUGGUGAAGAGGGCCUUCAAGAAAGCGGGACAAACCAACGACGAUACUUAUGGUUUCAAGUGCCGGAAGUUGAACGCCGUUACCAAAGGUUGUAGUGAUUACGUUUCUAGUCCUUACUCGUUAAGAGUUUUUCAGUGGAAUAUACUCUCACAAGCGCUGGGACAAAUGAACGACCAUUUCGUGAAAUGUCCAGACGAAGCGUUAGAAUGGAACUCGCGGAAAUUCCGGAUUAUUGAGGAAAUUGUCGAGUAUUGUCCCGAUAUUAUUUGUCUACAGGAAGUGGAUCAUUUCAAUUUUCUGAAGUACAUCCUCGGCACUCAAGGUUACACGGGGGUAUUUUACCCAAAACCGGACUCACCUUGUGUUUACAUCAGUGGUAAUAAUGGUCCCGAUGGGUGUGCAAUUUUUUAUCGAACCAACAAAUUCGAUGUAAUUAACAUUGAAUCCCGUAUUUUGGAAAUCUGGAGAGUACAAAGCAAUCAAGUGGCCCUUUUGGCGAACCUGCGCAUCAAAGAGACCGGCCAGGAGGUCUGUGUGACCACCACGCACUUGAAGGCCCGCCAAGGCGCCUUCCUGUCCACUUUGCGCAACGAACAAGGCAAGGAUUUGCUCCAGUUUGUGUCGCAACAUUGCGGCCCCCGACCUGUUGUCAUCUGCGGCGAUUUUAAUGCAGAACCUAUUGAGCCCAUCUACAGUACCAUCUUAUCGGACGAAUAUCUAAAUCUUGGUAGUGCUUACGCUGACUGUGAUAGUUCGAGCGCGAAUUCAGCGGCGCGAGAACCCCCUUACACCACGUGGAAGAUAAGGGACGAGGGCGAAGUCUGCCACACCAUAGACUAUAUUUUUUACAAGAAGGGCUGUUUAGAGGUUGAAGCUGUGCUGGAGUUGCCCACCGGGGAGGAAAUUGGAGAGGAUAGGGUUCCCUCGUUUUCGUAUCCUUCGGAUCAUUUUUCGCUCGUUUGCGAUUUUAAGAUUGGUCAAAAGGCGACGCUUUGAUUUGUACAUUGUGAUAAUUAAUUUUAGGGAAGUGUUGUGUAAUGUCUGUAAAUUAUUUGUGCCUAUUUCUUAUGUAAGACCUUUUUCAAUAACUAAUAGGAUUUUAAUAAAAUUCUAAACAAACGUUCAGCUGAAAA